GCUGAGAUUGACCUGCACUUUGAUGGGCUGAGGGACCCAGGGUUUGACGGACAGAUCACAAAAGAGUUCAUCCUGGAAGACGCUCUUCUCUUCCUAAUCCCAGCACACAGUGGACAGGCCAGUCUGAAGAGCCCUUCGCACACCGAGACAGAUGAUGGACAGAGGGUACUAAACAACUGUGUUUAACUUAAUAAAGCACUCAAUACUGUGAGGGCAAUAACGAUGGCCUCUUUUUAACAGUACAAUUUCAGAGAGACAUUUUAAUAGAUAUCAUAAUUCCAUUGACCCUCACAAUUUGUUUUGUAUGUUUCUGGUCAGUAUGGUGGCUGUGGGGGGACAUACGGUCUCUGUCUACUAGAACACCAGACUCUCCUCCUCCUCCAGUUCCUCCGUCAGCUAAGGACACCAGGGCCAUUUGAACUGGUAAACAUCUAUUCCACAUUACUCUCUGUUACAGUGCAUUCAGAAAGUAUUCAGACCCCUUCACUUUUUCUACAUUUUCUUAUGUUACAGCCUUAUUCGAAAAUUGAUUAAUUUUUUUUGUUGCAGAUGUAUUAAAAAUAAAAAACUUAAAUCACAUUUACAUAAGUAUUCAGACCCUUUACUCAGAACUUUGUUGAAGCACCUUUGGCAGCGAUUAUAGCCUAAAGUCUUCUUGGGUAUGACGCUACAAGCUUGGCACACCUGCAUUUGGGGAGUUUCUUCCAUUCUUCUCUGCCGAUCCUCUCAAGCUCUGUCAGUUUGGAUGGGGAGCGUUGCUGCACAGCUAUUUUCAGGUCUCUCCAGAGAUGUUCGAUCGGGUUCAAGUCCGGGCUCUGUCUGGGCCACUCAAGGACAUUCAGAGACUUGUCCCGAAGCCACUCCUGCGUUGUCUUGGCUGUGUGCUUAGGGUCGUUGUGCUGUUGGAAGGUGAACCUUCGCCCCAGUCUGAGGCAAGAUUUCUGGCUCUCACAGACCUGUAACUUCUUCUUUAAGAGGCUCCUCUGUCCUCCACUCGUUACCUGUAUUAAUGGCACCUGUUUGAACUUGUUAUCAGUAUAAAAGACACCUGUCCACAACCUCAAACAGUCACACUCCAAACUCCACUAUGGCCAAGACCAAAGAGCUGUCAAAGGACACCAGAAACAAAAUUGUAGACCUGCACCAGGCUGGGAAGACUGAAUCUGCAAUAGGUAAGCAGCUUGGUUUGAAGAAAUCAACUGUGGGAGCAAUUAUUAGGAAAUGGAAGACAUACAAGACCACUGAUAAUCUCCCUCGAUCUGGGGCUCCACGCAAGAUCUCACCCUGUGGGGUCAAAAUGAUCACAAGAACGGUGAGCAAAAAUCCCAGAACCACACGGGGGGACCUAGUGAAUGACCUGCAGAGAGCUGGGACCAAAGUAACAAAGCCUACCAUCAGUAACACACUACGCCGCCAGGGACUCAAAUCCUGCAGUGCCAGACGUGUCCCCCUGCUUAAGCCAGUACAUGUCCAGGCCCGUCUGAAGUUUGCUAGAGUGCAUUUGGAUGAUCCAGAAGAGGAUUGGGAUAAUGUCAUAUGGUCAGAUGAAACCAAAAUAGAACUUUUUGGUAAAAACUCAACCCGUCGUGUUUGGAGGACAAAGAAUGCUGAGUUGCAUCCAAAGAACACCAUACCUACUGUGAAGCAUGGGGGUGGAAACAUCAUGCUUUGGGGCUGUUGUUCUGCAAAGCGACCAGGACGACUGAUUCGUGUAAAGGAAAGAAUGAAUGGGGCCAUGUAUCGUGAGAUUUUGAGUGAAAACCUCCUUCCAUCAGCAAGGGCAUUGAAGAUGAAACGUGGCUGGGUCUUUCAGCAUGACAAUGAUCCCAAACACACCGCCCGGGCAACGAAGGAGUGGCUUCGUAAGAAGCAUUUCAAGGUCCUGGAGUGGCCUAGCCAGUCUCCAGAUCUCAACCCCAUAGAAAAUCUUUGGAGGGAGUUGAAAGUCCGUGUUGCCCAGCGACAGCCCCAAAACAUCACUGCUCUAGAGGAGAUCUGCAUGAAGGAAUGGGCCAAAAUACCAGCAACAGUGUGUGAAAACCUUGUGAAGACUUACAGAAAGUCUUCAAAGGGUAUAUAACAAAGUAUUCAGAAACUUUUGUUAUUGACCAAAUACUUAUUUUCCACCAUAAUUUGCUAAUAAAUUCAUUAAAAAUCCUACAAUGUGAUUUUCAGGAUUUCUUUUUCUCAUUUUGUCUGUCAUAGUUGACGUGUACCUAUGAUGAAAAUUACAGGCCUCUCAUCUUUUUAAGUGGGAGAACUUGCACAAUUGGUGGCUGACUAAAUACUUUUUUCCCCCACUGUAUUUCUGUUUUUUAUUUGUAAUACAUUUGCAAACAUUUCUAAAAACAUGUUUUCACUUUGUCAUUAUGGGGUAUUGGGUGUAGAUUGAUGAGGGAAAACAAUUAUUUAAUCCAUUUUGGAAUAAGGAUGUAACGUAACAAAAUGUGGAAAAGGGAAAGGGGUCUGAAUACUUAACGAAUGCACUGUAUAGAGUAUAACCAGAUUCAUUCUGAAGCAUAAUGUAGUCAUUGAUACAGAACACUUGCAGUGAUUCCAGAUUGUAAUCAUGUUAUUUAGAGUGUAUGUAUUCCCAGUAACUGAAAACCUGUCUAUAUCCAGCUUUAUCCCGCAGCUUCUCCAGAGCGCUCUCCUAUCCAAGACUUUCUGUUUCGAUCGUUCCCUAGAGCAGAGGAGUCUGGGAGUGGGCUGCAUUUCUCAGCAUUGUUGGACAGAGUCUGUUCCCAUUAUACAGAGCAAAGGAACCAUAUUUACAGGUGAGCACAAGUGUGCACACACACACACACACACACACACACACACACACACACACACACACACACACACACAUCAAUCAGUUCACAUGAGGUUCUGUUACCUUGCUCUAUCCCCUUGGUGUUGUCUUACUCUCCAUAUAUUUGGAAAGGAUCAACCAAACAAUUAAACAGACAAAUGACUGGGCUGGGGGUCAUAAAGCUUGGCUGAAUUAAGGAUGGUUUUCGUUCCCCAACCUCCCCUAAGCAUUCCUUCAUUAAGCCCCAGGCACAUGUACGUUAGUCUGGCUGUAGCAGGAGAGAGGAGCUUCAGGCCCAAUCCACUCAGACUGGAACAGAACUAGGUUAAAUCCCUGCUUGGCUGGGUGCUGGCUCCACUGGCGGGCCCCAUCUGGCUUCCCAUCCUUCUCAGGCUGUGGCACGGAGCUGGGAUGCUUUCACUCAGAACACAGCCUCCCUCUGCCCUUGGGCUGGGUGGACUUCUGGGGCUGAGCACGGAGCUAGGAGCAUGUAGCACGCUCAAGGGCAGGGAACCAGGCGGAAUGAUGAGGAUGAUGGGAGGAAAGAGAGGGAGGUAGUGGAGGAAUGGGUAUGGUAAGGGGUAGAGGGGUUGGUGAUGGAAGGGUUUGGAAGAGGAGUGGAAGGGGAACAGGGUGCUGGAUGUGGGAAGUGGACGAAACGGGGGUGGAAGAGAAGAAAAGGGAGAGGGUAUCAGGCUAUAGAAAGGAGGAGGGAGGAUACGUGUCUGGAGAACAGCCAGUAUAGUUUACUGUGAUUGGAUGACGGUUAUAACAAGUGUUGAUAAUCACCUCUGGGCCUCAUAUAGGCCAGAAGGGAACCAAUUGGAAUGUUGACGCUGGCCAGGAAAGUGUGUGUGUGUGUGUGUGUGUGUGUGUGUGUGUGUGUGUGUGUGUUUUUGAUCACCAUAUGUGCGUUUUUUUAUCCAUAUUUCUGAAUUUGUGCAGUUGGUUUGUGUGAGACUGUGGAUGUGCUUGAUAGACUCAUUUUAUUAGAGGGCUAAAGUUUGUCAUCGCUCUUUUGUUGUUUUUAUUGCAGGGAAAGUACUCAGAAUAUUCCCUGUUCCAAUGGGACAUUUAUUUUCUAAAUAAUGAAAGUCUUCCAUGUUUCCCAUAGGACCGAUGAGGCAGAGACACAGACUGGGUGGGACCAACACUCAGGCUCCCAGGACUUCCCUGGAGACAGAGGUGAGGCGCUGCUCAGGUGUCGGCUAAUUGGCUGGCUCUGGAGCACCUCACCAACAGGAUGUUUAGAAAUGGAUUGGGAAUUAGAAUGCUGUAUAUCUCAAUGGUUUGAAGUGUGGCGCUCUGAGUUCACCAGAGCUCCACUCGGGGAGGUUUACGUGUCUUUUUGUAGAGCAAAACUACACCGUGCACAGACCCUCUCGCGCACCCAAUGUCUUCAAUAUACACUACCAGUCAAAAGUUUGGACACACCUACUCAUUCAAGGGUUUUUCUUUAAUUUUACUUUUUUACAUUGUAGAAUAACAGUGAAGACAUCAAAACUAUUAAAUAACACAUAUGGAAUCAUGUAGUAACCUAAAAAGUGUUAAAGAAAUCAAAAUAUAUUUUAUAUUUGAGAUUCUUCAAAUAGCCACCCUUUGCCUUGAUGACAGCUUUGCACACUCUUGGCAUUCUCUCAACCAGCUUCACCUGGAAUGCUUUUCCAACGGUCUUGAAGGAGUUCCCACAUAUGCUGAGCACUUGUUGGCUGCUUUUCCUUCACUCUGCUGUCCGACUCAUCCCAAACCAUCUGAAUUGGGUUGAGGUCGGGGGAUUGUGGAGGCCAGGUCAUCUGAUGCAGCACUCCAUCACUCUCCUUCUUGGUGAAAUAGCCCUUACACAGCCUGGAGGUGUGUUGGGUCAUUGUCCUGUUGAAAAACAAAUGAUAGUCUCACUAAGCCCAAUCCAGAUGGGAUGGCGUAUCGCUGCAGAAUGCUGUGGUAGCCAUGCUGGUUAAGUGUGCCUUGAAUUCGAAAUAAAUCACAGACAGUGUCACCAGCAAAGCACCCCCACACCAUAACACCUCCUCCUCCAUGCGUUACGGUGGGAACUACACAUGCAGAGAUCAUCCGUUCACCCACACCGUGUCUCACAAAGACAAGGCGGUUUGAACCAAAAAUCUCAAAUUUGGACCCAUUGCUCAUGUUUCUUGGCCCAAGCAGGUCUCUUCUUCUUAUUGGUGUCCUUUAGUAGUGGUUUCUUUGCAGCAAUACGACCAUGAAGGCCUGAUUCACACAGUCCCCUCUGAACAGUUGAUGUUGAGAUGUGUCUGUUACUUGAACUGCAAUUUCUGAGGCUGGUAACUCUAAUGAACUUAUCCUCUGCAGCAGAGGUAAUUGGGUUGAGGGUUCGAUUCCCAUGGGGUAUGAAAAUUAAAAAGAAUAAUGUAUGCCCUAACUGUAAGUCGCUCUGGAUAAGAGCGUCUGCUAAAUGACGUAAAUGUAAUGUAAUGUAAUUCUGGGUCUUCCAUUCCUGUGGCGGUCCUCAUGCGAGCCAGUUUCAUCAUAGCGCUUGAUGGUUUUUGCGACUGCACUUGAAGAAACAAAGUUCUUGAAAUGUUCCGUAUUGACUGACCUUCAUGUCUUAAAGUAAUGAUGGACUGUCAUUUCUCUUUGCUUAUUUGAGCUGUUCUUGCCAUAACAUGGACUUGGUCUUUUACCAAAUAGGGCUAUAUUCUGUAUCCCCCCCCCCCCCCCCCCCCCCCCCUACUUUGUCACAACACAACUGAUGGGCUCAAACGCAUUAAGACAGAAAUACAUUCCACAAAUUAACUUUUAAGAAGGCACACCUGUUCAUUGAAAUGCAUUCCAGGUGACUACCUUAUGAAGCUGGUUGAGAGAAUGCCAAGAGUGUGCAAAGCUGUCAUCAAGGCAAAAGGUAGCUAUUUUAAGAAUCUCAAAUAUAAAAUAUAUUUUGAUUUGUUUAACACUUUUUUGGUUACUACAUGAUUCCAUAUGUGUUAUUUCAUAGUUUUGAUGUCUACUAUGUCACUAUUAUUCUACAAUGUAAAAAAUUGUAAAAAUAAAGAAAAACCCUUGAAUGAGAAUGUUUCCAAACUUUUGACUGGUAGUGUAUAUCGAAGACAUUGGGUGUGCGAGAGGGUCUGUGCACGGUGUAGUUUUGCUCUACAAAAAGACACGUAAACCUCCCCGAGUGGAGCUCUGGUGAACUCAGAGCGCCACACUUCAAACCAUUGAGAUAUACAGCAUUCUAAUUCCCAAUCCAUUUCUAAACAUCCUGUUGGUGAGGCGCUCCAGAGUCAGCCAAUUAGCUGAGAAAAUAGUAAAAAGGUGUGUCCAAACUUUUGACUGGUAGUGUAUGUCGAGUUUCCUUGUAGGCCUAUUUGGCAGGGAAACUGUGAAGCCAGCAUUAUAGCCUAUUUCUGUUUGAGUCUUUAAUUAAAGAAUGUGAAACAAUGUUUUUUCUGUUUGAUCCUUGUCAGUACAUCAUGCAUAGCUUUUCUUUAUAUGGCCUAAAAUAAAUGUGUUUAUAUGGGCAGAAUAUUAUUUAUAGGGUAUAGCAUACCGAAUUUUGAUCAGUUAUGAAUAGAAAUCAUUGAAUGCAGAAAAAAUGUAUCUGAUAAAAGGCCAACAUUUCAAUUAAAAAAGACUGGAUGGAUGGCUUUGAUAGUCCAGCAAUCGAAUUGCAAGUCGUUCAUAUGCUAAUAAUCAAAUUAUUCUGCUUAAAAGGAUCUUGCACUGCUAUCCUCAGGAUUCAUUAUUCUCAGAGGAGCAGAACAAGCAAUGGAACCCGAAUUUAUCCUCUUGUGUGUGGAGAAAAUAUCCUGGCGCAUGAAGGCUACACAUACAGACUGGAACGACAGACCGCCAAUAAGUCCUUUUGGGAGUGCACCGAAUAUGAUGCUUUAGAAUGCCGAGGUUGCAUAACCCUCACUGACGGGGUUAUCUCAAAGUUAACCAACCAAUUUUCAUACAUAGGACGUGACAAUUGAUAACCUUUCAGACACUUUUGUUGUGCAACAUCAGAAGCAUCUGUACCUUUUCAGGCAGUAGAAUUCUGCUCCGGCAUAGAAUGUUCGGUAUUGUUUCCCUGACAACAAUAAACAAUGCUGAUUAAUGUGCUGUUUUGUUGUUUUUCUGCUGUUUUUUUCAUGGUAGGGUAGAUGUGUUUCUUUCUACUAAAAGUCAUUGAAUUUACCGAACUUCAAAGUACUUUUUAGGAGUGAGUUGUCUGCGCGCAGGCAGCAGACAGGCAGGCUGCUUGCAGGCAGCUCGAGAUCAUUUCAUUGACAGUUUUGGUUGCAUAGUGAUGGACUUUAGCCCUGCUUCAGAAGCGGCAUUUCGUUACCGACAACUUAAAUGCCCAUUAAGUGGCGCUUCCAAACUAUCUCCAGAGAAGGUUUCGUGGCGGCAUUGAAAAAGCCAUAGUGUACCCUUUCAGACAAACAAAUGCUGGCUGGAGCUGAGGCGCUUUCAAGGCGCUACACUUUAUAUACCCAUAUUAAUGAAUUUAUAUAGGCCUAGGCUACAAUAUUCAGCCCAUAUGAACAACAUUUAUUUUAGGCCAUAACAAAAUUUGUAGCCAUACAUGAUUUAAUGAAAAGCAGUAAACAUACACCUUUUAAUAAGACUCAUGAAAAACAAUCAUGCAAUAGUUAGCAAUAGUUAACAUACACAACAUUGUUUCACUUUCUUUAAUAACAGACUCAUAAACACAAUCAUGCAAUAGGCUACAGCUGACUUCACAGCUUCACCCGCGCUUCACAGCUUCCCUGGGAAACUCGAUGUAUUGUAGCCUCACAAGGACGAAAGAGCAGAGAAGGAGUUCCCUUCUGCUGCAGUGUUCACGGUAAAAUAUGACACCUUGUGGCGGUGCUUCAGGCUGGGAGGGUUGGUAGGUGGACCUGCUGUGCCCCCUGCAUCUGCAGACUGCUUGAGGUUGGCACACACCAGAGUAAAUUGCCUCCACAGAAAGAGAGCAUUCUCUGGGCUUGUGCUCAACACUUGUGGACCUCAGGGUAUCGUUAUUAACAUUCCUCUAUGUGUGUGUUAAAAUUUUUCCUCCCAUUACAUAAGUGUGUGUGUGAGUUGGUGUGAAUGUCUUUAACUUUAAUCCCUUUGAAUGGGGAUUAUAAGCGUGUACACACACACACACACCAAGCAUGCAUGCUUUAGAUAACCAGCUUUGUUCUUUGAUGCUCUGUCUGAUGGAUAAAUGUGUAACAGUAUUCUGAAUAUCUUUGGGCUCAGACACACCAGUAACUUUUGCUGGCUGAGAGUACUUAACACCUCUGAAUGUAAUUUGUGAAGGGAGUGCGCACUGAUUUUACAUGUACAAUCGCAUGAAAAAUACAGCGGGUUGUCGCUAAAACACAGUGCGCUGUGCGAUCGGCAGAUGAAAGAUAGAUCCACAUACGGUGUGACGUGUGCAAGCCUUUUUAUCUGUAUAUAAUCCAUUCUCUCUCUCUCUCUCUCUCCCUGUGGUGUGUAUCAGAGCGUUGUGUGGACCCCCACCUCAGACAGCUGUAUACAGACCCCCCUCUGACUCUUAGCCCCCCCUUCAGUCCCUGGGUGAAAGACUACCGUGCUGAGGUCCCCUUUGAUGUGGUGACCCUACGCCUCCGCCCCGAGCCCAUCAGCCCAGUCUGUCACAUACACCUGGACGAGCACAGAGGACCUAGGUGAGACCCUCCCAGCCAUGACCUUUCACCCUGUGAGUCACAAGCUGGGCUUUCAAAUGUAUCCUGGGUCACAUUCAGUGAGAUGGUAGGUGUUAGCAGUAAUAUAGUUAGAUCUCCAACUAGCCCUUUGGAUCUUGUCCCAUAUUGCUUACACCUGCCCAGUCUUCAGGUCUAAAAUAUAGAUGUAAGUUAGUUAUGGCAUCUGAAUUCUGGAAAUGUGUGUUUUCAGUCCAGUGUUUUGGUCAGGGUAUGUUUCCAUGUCAUUCUGAGUUCUACUCUGUGUGAUUGUCGAACUCUGUUUCUUAUGUCCGCAGCUUUGAUUUCAGCAGCCAAUCCCUGAUUAGCAUCCAUUAGACUCAGUAGCACUGGGGUCAGAGGAUUGACCUCUGACAGACAGACAGACACACACAUAGCGCUAAACGUGACAUUUAGGAAUGAUUCUAAACUCUUCCUCAGCCCCCUACCCUCUCUCUCACCAUCCUGUGUGUGUGUGUUUUCAUCUCUCUGUUCUGUGUGUGUGUGUGUGUGUGUGUGUGUGUGUGUGUGUGUGUGUGCUUGUGCUUAUGUGUGUUUCAUCUCCCUGGACCUUGUUUCUGAGAUGCUCUGCUUCUGUUUUUCCACAGAACGGCAAACUACCCGGUCGGCCUGGGCAACAGCAUAAUCAACAUUCUAGUGACAGAUGAGUCAGCCGCCACAGAUCCCGAGCCUGUCGUCAUGACAAUAUACACUCUGCACAUGUACCGCGAGAGCCGGCCCAGCCUGCCCAUGUUUGGGGAGCAUGUAAUGUGUGGCUUCGUGCAG